CCCCACAACAUGCCCACGCCACUUCGCAUCAACUCGCAGGGAAGUAUCCCAACCACCCCCAAAACCCCGUACUCGCCAACCACACACUUGGUUGUUGUAAUCCCCCACCCCCUGUUUUGCGAUGCGCGUACGCCUUUGACGCGUGCGCCUUUGACGUGUGCGCCUUUGACGCGUGCGCCUUUGACGCGUGCGCCUUUGACGCGUGCGCCGUUGACGCGUGCGCCUUUGUCGCGUGCGCCUUUGACGCUUGCGCCUUUGACGCGGGAACGGUAGAGGCGGGAGGGGUAACGACUGGAGAGCUGGAGUUGCCCACAACGACAGCGUCGGAGGCGCCAUCGGGGGGAGGCGUUAUCUCGCCGUGGUGCCUGCACGUGCACACCGUGCUCGGCACGCGCUUGCUCGUCCCCGCCGCUCCCACCGCCACCAUAAGCGACCUCCUCCAUGGAGUGAGCGAGCUGCACCAGCGUGUGCACCCGGAGAAGGGUGCUGUGCGCUUCGAGUCCGCCAAGGUGUUCCGCCACGCAGCCUUGUUCGCAGCCGCCCCUCACUUCAAACUGGCCGAGUGUUUAAAACAAGAUGACGUCAUCCUCGCUUUCACCGGGGAUGCCGAUGUUGCUGCUGAUGUCAGCGACUAUCUGACGCACCACCUCGCCUUUGGCUUCUCUCUUGAAAGCAACAACGACCCUCUCGUUCGUGGCCAUCAUCACCUGCCACGUGGCAGCCUUUCCUGUGACCACGUGGCGUUCCAGCGUGGGCUGCUGUCCGCCCUUGCUGCUGCUGACGUGGCAGAGAGGGGAGUGGUGUCGGUCAGCCAAUCGGGAGAGAGGAGGAGAUUCACAGAUGGGGGGGCAGGAGAGGGGCAAAAUAGGGGAAAACACGGAGAGGGGGGAGAAGGGGGAGCAGGAGGAGGGGCAGGAGAUGAGGAAGCGAGAGGGAAGGUGGCUGGUCAAAACGAGUGGGCGCUAGAGACCUGUCAGGAGAAAGGGAGGGGAGCAGUCGAGGAAAAGGCAGGAGCAGGAGGGAUAACAGGAAGGAAGAGGAGGGGAGGGGGAGGGGAGGCACAGGUGGGUGGCAAAGUGGGGCCUGAAGUGGGUCGAGAAGGGGGGGGCGAGAGGAAGAGGAGGAGGGAGGGUGCGGAGGAGCAAAUGGUUGCCGAUGGAAACGGACGGCAGGCAGCCGGGGAGAAGAGAGAAGCGGAGAGAGCUGAUGGGGAGACGGUGGGUGAGGGGGGUUUGGAAGUGGGACGGGUCGGGAAGAGACAAAGACGAGGAGAGGGGAAUGAGCAGGAGGGGGGGAAGGUGGAGGGGAAAGAGGGUGGUGAGGGGAAGGUGGAGGGGGGUGCAGUGGGGGGGAAGAUGGAUAGUGCGGGUGAGGGGGAUGGGGGAAAGAAUGAGAGAGCGAGAGGAGAUGGGGAGGGAGGAGAUGGGGAGGGAGGAGAUGAAAAGAAGGAGAGUCGAGGGGUGCAGGAGAGGACAGGGACGAGGGGGGAGGACGAGGUUGAGGAGAAGAAAGAGAAGGGCGAAGACGAAGGAAUGAAAGGGAAAGCAUCACACGGAGGGGGUGAGGCGCUGAAGGAGAGAGAAGGGAGUGCGGGAGAGGAUGGGAUUGCAAGGAAGGAUGGUGGUGCUGGGGGGAAGGGAGGUGGUGGAGAGGGGAGGAAUGAAGAAGUGGUGAGUCUUGUAGGGGAUGAAAGUGGGGAGAGCGAGGAGGAGAGUGAAGACGAGAGCGAAGGGAGUGAGGCUGAGUGUGAAGAGGAUGGAAAGGAAGACAAGAAGGAUAUGGAGAUUGAGAAGGAGCGAUCAACGCAGGUGGAAGAUGAGGAAGAGCGAAAGGCUUCAGAAGGAGAUGCGAAAGAAAAGGGGAAGUCUAAGAAUGAGGAAAGUGAGGAUGAUGAUUCUGAGACAGUAGGGGAGACAGAGGAAGAAUCCGACAAAGAGACAGAGGAGGCCGAGGAGGAGGCAGGGAAGGAAGGGAAGGAAGGGAAGGAGAAGGCAGUGUGGGGAAAGGGCAAGGAGAAGACCAACAAAGAGUCAGAAGAAGAGGAGGAAGAGGACGAGGAGGAGGGAGAGAGAAAGGCUUCAGAAGGAGAUGCGAAGGAGGAGGGGAAGACUGAGAAUGAGGAGAGUGAGGAUGAGGAAGAAUCUGACGAAGAGACAGAGGACGCAGGAAAGGAAGGAAAGGAAGGGAAGGAAGGGAAGGAAGGGAAGGAAAGGAAAUCAGUGGGGGAAAAGGACAAGGGGAAGUUGGAUGAAGAGUCGGAAGAAGAGGAGGAAGAGGAGAAAGAGGAGGAGGAGGAGGAGGAGGAGGAGGAGGAGGAGGAGGAGGAGGAGGAAGAGGAAGAGGAGGAGGAAGAAGAGGAAGAGGAGGAGGAGGAGGAGGAGGAGGAGGAGGAGGAGGAGGAGGAGGAGGAGGAGGAGGAGGAGGAGGAGGAGGAGGAGGAGGAGGAGGAGGAGGAAGAGGAGGAGGAGGAGGAGGAGGAGGAGGAGGAGGAGGAGGAGGGAGAGGAGCAAGAGGAUGAGGUGGUGAUGGUGGAGAGCGGUGGGGGGGCGAGCAAGGAGCCAAUAGAGAAGGCUGGGACUCAAGCUGCUGCUGCUGCUGCGGUGAGCACAGCUGUGGCGAAGAAGGAAGCAGAAAGCAAGGCAGAUGGAAAGGGAGCAGAGUGCACAGCAGCGGCGGGUAAAGUAUCGAAAGAGAAAGAAGAAGCAGGUAAAGCAGACGGAAGCAAGGGGGUGGGAAAAGGAGCAGCAAGUAAAGCAGCAGAAGGCAAAGGGGUGGAACGAAAGGGAGCAGCAGGCAAAGAAGCUGCAAGUAAGUCCGCAGCAGCAGCAGCAGCAGCGGCAGCAGCAGACAAGGUUCCUGAUGCUUGUGAGAAGGGUGUUGAGGUGAAGGGAGAGAAAGAGGGCGGGGUGGAUGAGGAAGGGAGUGAGGAGGAGACCGAGGAGGAGAGUGAGGAGGAGAGUGAGGAGGAGAGUGAGGAAGAGGCGAAUGAGGAGGGGAGUGAGACGGAGAGUGAGGAAGAGGAGGAAGAGGAGGAGGAUGAUAGUGGGGGUGAGGAGGCGGAGAGUGUGGAGGAGGUUGUUGAGACGAGCAAGGAGAAGGCAAAAGAUAACAAGGGGUUGGUGAAGGGCAAGGGGAAGGCGAAGGGGGCAACAGAGGACGGUAAGGCGAAGGGGGGGCAGAGAAAAGUGGAGGCAGAGAGUGGGGAGAAGGAGAAGGGCGCGAUAGAGGGAGGUGGGAAAGGGACAGCGGUAGCAGCGGCUGUGGCGGCAACAGCAGCAGUGGGUGGGAAGGGUGGAAGCAAGCGGGGCGGGAAGAAGGGGGGUAAGGGCAAGGAAGGAGAGAGUGGGUCUCCUGCCUCACUGCCUGCUGCUCCUGCUGCUGCUCCUGCUGCUGCUCCCGGCGCCGUGGCAGCGCCAAGUGUUGCUGGUACCGCUGUUGCUGUGAGUGAUAAGACUACUUCUGCAGCAGCAGCCAAGGGUCGUGGUAAGGCUGCUAAAGCUUCCGAUGCUAAGGGUGCUGCUGCUGCGGGUAACGUUGCUGUGGCCAAUGACGUGGCUCCUGCAGCUAGACCUCGUGGCAGGCCUGCUGCGAAAGCAACACAUGCUAAUGUGUCUGCAGCUGCUGCUCCUGCUGUCAGUGAGGCAGCCCCUCGUGCAGGCAAGAGGCGUGGUGCCAAGGCUGCUGCUAUGCCCCCUGCUGCUGCUGCUGCUGCUGCUGCUGCUGCUGCUCCUGCUCUUCCGCCUGCUCCUGCUUCUGCUGAGGAUCCUGCUGCCACUGAGCCUGUGCCUGCAGCAGGCAAGGCGCGAGGUGGUAAGGCUGCUGCGAAGCCUGCACCUGCUGAUGUUGCUGCUCCUCCUGCUGCUGCUGCUCCUGCUGUUGCUCUUGGUCCUGUUGGUGCUGUUGGUGCUGCUGGUGCUGUUGGUGCUGCAUGUGCUGCUGCUGCAGGGAGGGGAAAGGCUGCCCAAGGGAAGGCGCCAGGAAGAGGAAACACAGCAGGGAGAGGAGCAGGAAGGGGAAGGGCACGAGGACGGGGAAAGGUAGCAGUGGAGGCAGGCCGGCCAGAAGCAGCAGCGAAAGCUGGUAGUGCUGCUGCUGCAGAUACUUCAUUGAUGUUGUCCCACGGAGGAACAGCUGUGGAUGUAGCAGUAGCAGCAGGUAGAGCAGUUGUGGGUGGGGGGGCAGUAGGUGGAGGAGCGGGUGGGGGAGCAGCAGCAGCAGCAGCAGCAGCAGCAGCGGCAGCGGCUCCAAGAACAGGUUUUCCCCGAUACACGCCCCCAAGUGCUGCCGCUGCACCCACUCCCUCCCCCUUGCCUCCUGCUCCACCAGCCGAACCAUCCAGCCCUUUCCCUGUCCUGGACCUCGGAGACAUUCUCAAGAUGCUAUAAACUGCUUCGACGAUGAGGAAACUUUUCAGUUGUAAUGUCCCUGCUAUUUUGUCUACUUUCAAUGUACACUCUGGAUUAGAUAUUCUAGCCAUCUUAUAGUUUUUGUGAAUGAAGGGGAGUGUUGUGGUAAAUGAAGUUUCGCAUUCCUGCAAGUUCCGUUUUCAGUGUAGUUAGCAGUAUCGAGUUUCUCAGUAAGUAAACAGGUUAUUCAACUUUGAUUACUCACAAGUUCACGUACUCAGGUUAUUCAACCUUGACCUCUACAUUUUACAAGACUUCCGCUGUCUUACUAGUCUACCAUUCCAGCAAAGAUCCUGGACCAACACUUGAGGGUUUGCCAAGUGUUCUUGUUUAAAGUUUUAUACUUAGUCUUCUACUUCACCAGGAGAUUUAUUUCAACCAAUAGCCACCCUCUGCUGCCGCUUCUGCACUCGUGUCCGGCAGAAACCCGUACACCAACCCCUGUAUCUGAGUUGUCCUGCUAGAGAGGAUGUCGUCAACUGUGGGAAGACACGUGCCGCCUUCCUUCCGCAAGGAGCUCGUCAAUGCAUCCUUGGCAUCUUUCCAUGAUCGGGCAAUGCCACCACCUCGUUCACCUUCCAACACAGAGAACAAAAGCCGCGCGGAUGUUUAGUGAAUAGGAGUCAAAGCUUAGCUACUACACGUUGCAAUCCAGACUUACCGGCAGUAGCGGCUGCAGUCGUCAGCUUCUUGAUCAGGUCUGGCGCCCUCUCAAUCAGAAGUAGCAGGAGGUCCCCGUCCUUCGGCAGCUUGCUGCCGCCCGAGGCACUGGCCAGCCCGCACCUUAGAAUGUGGAGGAGCACUUGCAACUGCGUGUUGAGGGUGAGUCUACGCUUAUGAUGCCCCUCGUUGAGUGCGCGCACAAGGGCACUAACCUCGACCUGGAACCCAUGCAUGAUGGGAUGGUGCGCAAAAUAUGGCAUGUGGUGCGAAAUAUGGCAUAUCCUUCGUGGCAUGGCAUUAUAGGGGUCAAAGCUGUUCAACCAUCCGCGAAGUCAUAGGACGUUAAACAAUUGGCAAGGAGUCAUGACAAUGUGUGGUAUAUGCAACCCCAAUCCG